AUGAGGUUGGGUUUUUUAGUAUCUAUUCAAUUCUGUACACAAAUCCGAACAACGAAGCUCGUUCACUGACUGGUGGUUUGAUUGCACCAUCAAGUCCAGACAACUCUCACAAGGAGUGUGCAAUAUGAUACCUGCCAUCCGAUGGAAGCAGGUACUACCUCCACGCCUGGGCGAUAGACUGUCCGUCUUAGUUGCCAUCACUGAAUUGUGGGUAGCGGGCCUCUUUGAGCUGCUGGUCAUCCUGCCGCGCAAAUAUCCUGAAGCGACCACGUCCUAUUGGCUGAGCGUCGCACUGGGGCUGUUCCUGUUUGUCAACACAUUGGGGAACCUUCUCAUGGCCAUGGGCACCGAGCUGUCGAUCAGUUCCAGCCUCUUGCCCACCGUUUUGAAACCCGGUUGGGAUUACUGCUAUUUGUGCCAGCAGAAUUCGCCACCCAGAUCCUACCACUGUGGCCAUUGUGGUGUCUGCGUGCUCAAGCGGGACCACCACUGCCUUUUCAUCGGCAGUUGCGUGGGCUACGCCAACCAACGGUAUUACCUUAUCUGCAUCAUGUACAUCAGCCUAGGGGCCCUCUAUGCAAACUACCUGAAUAUGGAAUUUGUUGUAGAGAACGUGAGCCAAAACUUACAUUGGACGACACUCCUGGCAUCGUUCACGCCGAUGUUCGGCUGGGUGUUCGGUCUCUUUCGGCCAGUGUCCUACUUCAUUGCUUUCCAGAGCGGAACCUGCAUGCUGGGAUUCCUCGCUUUCACCGCCUUGUUUUGUUACCACGCGUACAUUGCCCUUCGUGGCCAGACCACCCACGAGAAGCGGCGGAUCAGAGACCGUUCGUACGACUUGGGCUGGCGGCAGAACAUCCGUGAUGUGCUGGGAACGCGCUGGUAUCUCGUGUGGAUCUUUCCCCUCAUUACAUCGCCACUUCCCGGUGAUGGAGUUCACUUUUUAAAGCGUGGAAUGGUUGGCUUGGAAGAAGUCAAGGAUUUAUGACUAGGCCAAGGACAAAAUGAUAGAGUGAAAUCCAGUGUUGUACAAUGUAAUUGAGAUAUAUUAAGACCAUCACAAGACCUCCAGUCUGAAUUCACAGUCUAUUAAAAUGAAUCACAACAACAGCACUCCU